AUGUGUGGAUUUGGAUCUUUCCUACCAUUGGAUGUCUGUCGCUCACCAAAAACAUGGCACAGUCGGAGGCUUUUCCUCGUGCUCAGCAUCUUGGUUCACAGCUACCGUAGCUCAUCGCUGUACUGCACCCCCACCUGUGCAUGCACCCCCAACCACAUCUACUGCAGUUUGUCUGAAAAUGACCGGUUUUUCUCACUCCUGUCCUUCCGGGGCACUGGGAGCUCUGGGAACGCUACUGGGAGCACUAAAGACCAUUUCCAGAACAUCACUUCCAUACAUAUUGACAACUGGACUGGUGUACGGACGUUGAGAGACGUUGACAUGGAGAUCUUCACUGGCUUGCAGAGGCUAACUAUUACAAGGAGCAGCCUUCAGACUAUACAACCACAUGCUUUCUUCAACAACCCACAACUGAGCUACAUAAACCUGUCCAAGAAUCCCAUGUUGACUACUUUGUCCUGGAAGGUGUUUGAAAGUCUACCGCUCAUGGAAAUACAUUUGGAAGAUCUAACCUUUGACUGCGGCUGUGAGAUCCGCUGGCUGCAACUGUGGCAACAAAGGGGGGCUACGGGGCUAAGUAGCCAACACUUGUAUUGUGCUUCUGGUUCCCAGAAGAUACUGCUACAAGAAAUGAGCAUCAGCAAAUGUGACCUUCCAGAGAUUGCCAUAAGCCACAGCGUCCUCACAGUUAAAGAGGGUGACAAUAUAACAGCAACAUGUAUCGGCUCCGGAUCCCCCUUACCUGAGGUGGACUGGCCCAUGAAUGCUUUACACACCUUUGAGCUACAGGAGGACAGAGUCUACAACAACAGCACUGCUCAGUCUAUUAGCAUCACUUUGGUAAAUGUAAGCCGAGAUCACAACGGCGCUCUUCUGACCUGCGCAGCCACCAGCGUUGUAGGAAUGGCCAACGCUUCCGUUCAGCUGAAUGUUCAUUUUUGUCCUUCUAUAGUAAAGCUGAAGGAGCCAGAGCGUCGCCAUGACACGUGCAUAGAAUUCACUGUUAGAGGAUCACCUCAGCCGACAUUAAGAUGGUUCUACAACAACAAGGAAAUUUCCCACACUGAUUAUGUGCGUCCUGAUAUGGAUAUUUACCAGGACUACAUAGAAGGAUGUCUUACAUUCAAAAACCCAACUCAUCACAACAACGGCAACUACACACUGCAGGCCACAAACUACCUGGGUCAGGUCACCGGUACUGUGUAUGGCCACUUCCUUGACAAGCCCUUUGAGGUUGGAGAAACAGAUUAUGAUUAUGUGACCCCAACUGUAGAAACUCAGGACCCACAUGGUGAUACCUUCUGGGUUUCCAUAGCAGUCGGCCUUGCAGGGUUUGUUGGCGUGAUGUUGACGGUUGUCUUCCUCCUGAUCAAUAAGUAUCAUUCCAAGUCAGCCAUCAAAGGUCCAGUGGCAGCGAUGAGUGGUGAGGAAGACUCCACCGGCCCACGGCGCCAUGUGAGCCCGUGUAGACUGGAUGGUGGACUGGAUGCUUUGAUCAUUGGAAUGAACAGGAUCCCUGUUAUAGAGAACCCACAGUACUUCAGACAUGGACACAAAUGGAAUAAAGCCACCACAUAUGUUCACCAUAUCAAAAGGCGGGACAUUAUUUUGAAGAGGGAGCUUGGAGAGGGAGCGUUUGGCAAGGUCUUCUUAGCUCAAUGUUCCAAUCUAAGUCCCACGAAGGACAAAAUGCUUGUCGCUGCAAAGACUCUGAAAGAUCCCACGCCAUCAGCCAGGAAAGAUCUCCAGCGUGAAGCUGAACUGCUGACCAAUCUCCAACAUGAGCACAUUGUCAAGUUUUAUGGGGUAUGCAUUGAAGGAGAUGCACUCAUCAUGGUCUUUGAGUACAUGAAGCACGGAGAUCUCAAUAAAUUUCUCAGAGCUCACGGGCCAGAUGCCUUGAUCCUGGUGGACGGACAGCCACUGAAGACUAACGGCGAGUUGGGUUUGUCCCAGAAGCUUCACAUAGCCGGUCAAAUCGCAGCAGGAGUCAUCUACCUGGCAUCGCAACACUUUGUGCAUCGGGAUUUGGCAACCAGAAACUGUCUGGUGGGGAAUGGUCUCCAGGUGAAAAUAGGAGACUUUGGCAUGUCAAGAGACAUUUACAGCACCGAUUAUUAUCGGGUGGGCGGUCACACAAUGCUGCCUAUUCGCUGGAUGCCCCCGGAGAGUAUCAUGUACAGGAAGUUCACCACCGAGAGUGAUGUGUGGAGCUACGGAGUUAUUCUGUGGGAAAUAUUCACUCACGGCAAACAGCCGUGGUUCCAGCUGGCCAAUAACGAGGUGGUGGAAUGUAUAACUCAGGGUCGGGUUCUGGAGCAUCCCAACCUCUGUCCCAAAGAAGUCUAUGACGUUAUGCUUGGUUGCUGGCAGAGAGAACCACAACAGCGUCUCAACAUGAAGGAAAUUCAGAAGAUUCUAUUAUCGCUGAUGAAAGCCACACCCCUCUAUCUGGACAUCCAUGCUUAGAACCAGAACCACCAAGAGGAAUGUGAUGAUGUCUGGAGGAUGUGUCGCCUACUGUGGACUGUUUCAACAGAAACAUUUGAAAAUAAACUUGCUUAUUUUCAUGAUGUCAUUCACAGAAGGGGCUCCACGGUGGUCUAGUGGUUAGCGCGCAGACCUCACAGGUAGGACACCAGGGUUCAA